UGUCUUGUUUUGUUAUCAUUUUUAGGGUUUUCCUUUCAAAAAAUUGAAAAAACACAAAUACAACUCAAAAACCCAGAAAAGCUACUUAAAUUAUUUUUAAUUACACAAAAGAAACAACAGGAUCAAUUAGUUUCAUCAAACAAUAAAGCAUAAAACAUAUUUCAAAACCGCCAUACAAGCUCAACAAUGUUCUCAAGGCAGCUUAUAUUCACUAGAAAAUCCUAAAUUUGGAUUUCAAUGCUAGAUAGAUUUAAUAAUGAUAUUGUUGUUGUUAUCUCAGGCUAAACUAGAUUACAAAAAUUUAUCCAUACUAAUGACUGUUCUCCAAGAGACUUCUUUUGAUCCAAUAAUGGCUCCACUUUGCAAUAUAAUUAAAUCAGAAAGCUAUGCUGAAAACAACAAUCAAAAGAUUCAGUGUAUAGGAACUCAAAAAGAUAAUAAUACAGCUUACAGUAAUCAUGAGCAGAAUAAAAUAUAUAUUUCAAAUGAAACCACUUCAGACUUAGACAUAGUUUUGCAUUUAAAAAAUAAAAAUAAUAUUGUCAAAAUGAAUUCAAUUUCAAAUGUACUAUCAUCAACACCAAAUUCCGAUAAUUUUGAAAAUAAUUUAAGCAGUUUACAAUCCCUUUCUCACUCAUUAUCUUCUUCCAUGUCUUUAUCUUUAUCAAGCUCUUCUCCUCCUUUUACAAUGUUGUCCCAUUCACCUAGUUUAAACUCCCCAAAUCACAAAAGAUUAUUUAAAAGAUAUAAGUUAAUUGAAGAACUAAUUCAAUCAGAAGACGUGUACAUAAACAGCUUAAAAAUACUCUGCGACGUUUACCUAGCUGCCAUGCUAAAUAUGAAUAACUCAAUAUUCAAAGAUUGCACUCCAAUUAUUCAAAUGAUCCAAAUCUUGAAAUUGCUAAUAAAGAAUCACAGCUCUUUUCUAUCAAAAAUAAACGAAUUCAAUACAUUUUCUUCCUUUUCUUCCCGAAGUACACCACAUUUAUCUUUCUCUUACAAAAAUUCUAAUUCUGCUACCAUUUCUUUGAUCUCACAACUUACAGUAGAAAACGCAUUUGUUCUUUACUAUUAUGAAACAUAUUUUAAUCUGUAUCAUCAAGUUUUUAACAUUAUAAAAAACAGCAAAAUCAAUUCUAAUGAUUUGGUUAUCGAAGGAUAUGGGAUAUUUCUUGAAGCUUUACAGUCAAAGUCUAAGAAAAUGGAUUUAUCAUUACUUUCUUUAUUACAGUUUCCAAUUUCUAGAAUUUCAAAGUAUAGGCUUUUUUUGGAAAAUUUAUUAACGAGUUGUUUAAUUGAAGAAUCAAUAUCAUAUUUUUCAGUUCAAAGUUCGUUGAAAGCGCUGUUAGUGAAGCUUGCAAAUAUGAAUCAAUCUUCAACAUAUACGAUGAGAAGCUCAGAAGCUUUUUUUAAGAAAUUCAUAUUGAGUUCAACUAGCACAAACGACAAAAUCAAAUUUCCUUUUGAAUUUUUUGGCACACCAUUAUUAGUGGGCUCAUUAUCUUGUUGUUGGGUUGAAAAACUUCAUGGGAAGAUGUCCUUGUUUAUUGAUAAUCUUUGCUUAUUUCUUUUCAAGUCGUCUCUUAUUGUUGCUGGAUUAAUGAACUAUAAAAGUUCAAAGUUUGAUGUUAAAUUUAUUAUUCCUUUAUCAACCUGCACAAUUGUACAAAGUAAUGGACAGAAAGAACAAGAGAAAGAAGUGGAACAAGAGAAAGAAGUAGAACAAGACAAUGAUUUUUUAGAGAGCGGAUUGCAUCUAGUAAGUGGCAUAAAACGAUUAAAAUCAUUCAAGCUUAUUUUUGAAAAUAGAUACAAGUUGUAUGAAAUUUUAUUUAAUGGUUGGAUUGAAAAAGAAAUUGAAGUAUGGGAAGAUUAUUUGAGAGUUUUAAUUAAUUUUAUUAAUGGGCCAUAUAAUCUAGAUUAUUCAUCAUCGGAAAAGUCUGAACAAACUAAAAAUUAUCCGACAUGUGUGAUUCCAAUCAAUAUAGUUCCCCAAGAGAUGUGUGUAAAUAAAGUAAAAUUUGAUCAAAAAAUGGGAUUUGAAAAUUGUUACUUUUCUAAAAUAAUUCCUAUCAAAAUUCCAAUUCUUGAAGUAGUUGACUAUGAAAAUAAGAAAAAUAAAAAGGCAGUAAACGAUAACAUUGGAGAUUCAUCUAAUUAUUUUGGAUUUAAAUCAAGAACCAGUUCUUCUAAAUCUUCAAAGUACAAUACUGUUAGCUCUUCGUACAAUAUCUAUAAGGAAGUUUUGGACAAAGAAAGUUUAAACUGGAGGGAAUCGAAAAGUGAUAAUAUUGAAUUUUUGAAUUUGAAGAGAUCGUCGAGAUACUUGAUUGAGAAUAGUUUAUGUGAUUAUUGGAGCUUUGAGUUGCCAAGACUUCAACAGCCAGACUUGGAAUUAAUACAAACUAGAAAUGAUAGAACAAACAAACCAAGUUUAAUGAGAAGAAGUUCUUCAUUGAUCUCCUAUGGGGGGUCAUUUAGAAGAAAAACAAGUGAAAAGUCUGAGAAUUCCAAUCAGCUCAUUCAUCAAAUAAACUCAAAAGAAACAAUUCAGUACGAGAAAGACAAUGAAAAGACUCCUGGUCUUAUUCGAGGAGGUUCUAGUGGAUAUGAGCUACUUCGAAAAGCUUCAGUUUUAUUAGACAAUUUUUUCAAGCAAAAGAUGCCACAAGAUACAAAAUAACGUAAGCGAUCCAAGUGGAUUGGGCAGAGAAACGUAAUUCAUUAAUAUAUAAAUAGAAAGACAAACAACUGAAAAAUAAAAAUAUAUUGAAAACUAAUUAAAAGGUAAAUAAAAAUUUCAGAUUUUAAAGAUACCUAUUAAUAAUAGAGCGACCCUUUUGUGUCAUUGGUAGAACUAAACGAUUUUCUUUUAAAGCUUUUGGAGGUUUUAAAAGAUCCUUCUUUUAUAAUUAUUUUGAUAAUUUUGUCUUCAUCAGUGGUGCCAAAUUCGGAUUCUAAUUCAAUAUUAGAAGCU